AUGGCUCGUGGAACGAUCAACACGCUUGCCUUGGGCAUUCUCACUCCGUUGCUCGUUCUGAAAGCUGCAGCUCAAAUAUGCUAUGCGAAUGAAAACUUUUUCAACUUCAACAGCUCCAAGACCGUCUCAAUCCCAGCGCUCCGGCUCAAUGGCAACAGCGUCAUUGAUGAUCCAGACAACUCCUGUUGCAGUGGUGAUGUUUUCAACUCCACUAUCCCGCAGGAAUGUGCGUCGCUUGUUGGUGGAGGCUCGAAGUGGCGGGGAGGAAUGUUCAGUACUAGCCCUCGACUGGACUACGCAUUAGACGAGCAGACGCUCAAAGAAAAGAAGUGUCCUCAGGACGCGGUCGCAGUCAAUAGUUCAAUGCACGGAGGCAGCGGCACAGGCACCGGUUACAACCAGACAGUUCGCUUUCCGCAACCUUACUUCCUAAUGUUCUGGCCAAACCGAACUGACACUACCGGACCGACUGGCGCAUCAAGUGACGAUGUUCGCGUCGAGUUGCUGUGCCUUCGCACGGAUGAAAUCGAAGAAGGCAGCCCUGUACCAGGAUCGGCCAAAGAAAUUCUCGACGAGGAGGGUGUCAAAUACGCUGGGAAUGCGAGCGGGACCGAGACCGGGACCGAGGAUCCCAGCUCGACCAAAGGCGUAGCGACGAUGAAGACCAUAGGACCUUACUUGGGUGCUGCAGCUAUGGCAGGGUUGCUACUGGUGUAA